AUGGAGCUUUCAAUGGAAACAGAUGAACUGGUAUCGAAUGUGAGUAUGGACGAUGAAUGUCUGAGUGGUUCAGAACGAAUCGUUCAUGGUGUGGCGCAUAAGCCGCUACUGUUUGCAUUUCUGUACAAUAAACGUAAUAAAGAAUUGGACUGCAUUCUCAGAAAGAUUGAACUGAAGACAAAAAUAUCCCGAGAAAAGGAAAAUAAGUGGAUGGAAAUUCCAGUGGAGCGCAUCAAGUAA